GCCCUCAAGUUGCCCGACGGUGGAGGUUGGCGCAAAUUCGAGACUCGCGAUGCCGAGCCCCAGGUGCAGGAGCUCUUCAUCAGUCUUGUCAAGAAUGGGCAGCAGAUCCGCCGCGAGGCGCCUAGUGAGCUGAAGGCUCCGCUGUCGUUUGCGACGUGGAACGCUCGAGCACUGUUGCACCACGACCUGCGCAUACGGCAGCACAAAAUGAAGUACUUGUCUCAGUUUCUUUCGAAGGGAACGAUCCUGGCGCUGCAAGAGGUCCACGCUACGGAGUUGGAGCUUCAGCAGGACUUGUUCAAGCUCCACAUCCCACACCUG